AGGCGGCGGAGGGAUCGGCGGGAUGCGCCAGAAGCGCGUUCGGCGGCAGAUCCUAACGGGCGUGACCGGCGAGGCGCGGUCGGGGGAGGUGACCGCGAUCAUGGGCGCAAGCGGCGGCGGAAAGACGACGCUGCUAAACAUCCUGGCGCAGCGGAUCUCGUCGGGGCGGCGGAAGGGGACGGUGGAGCUGGACGCGGGGGAAGGCGCGGUCGCAGUGAGCGGGGGGAUGAUGCGGCGCGUUUCCGCGUACGUGAUGCAGGACGAUAUUCUCUAUACGUCGCUCACGGUGCGCGAAACGCUCAUGUACGCCGCGGAGCUUCGCCUGGGACCACAGCUUUCGUGGAGGGCGAAGGAGGAUAAGGUCGCGCGGCUGAUCGAUCUGCUUGGGCUCGCGAAAGUGGCGGAGACGCUGAUUGGCGGCGAAAGGAAGAGAGGCGUUUCUGGCGGUGAGCGAAAGCGAGUGGCGAUAGGGGUGGAGAUGGUGAGCGACCCCAAGAUCCUGUAUCUCGACGAGCCUACCUCGGGGCUGGAUUCCACAAACGCGUUUCGUGUUGUACGCGCUAUUAAGUCCGUCGCGGUUCAGACUGAGAGCAUCUCCGUAAUGGUGAUUCACCAGCCAUCAUAUCGAGUCCUUUGCCUCAUCGACAAGCUUCUUCUGCUGGGCGUGGGCCAGACGGCAUACUUGGGCCCACCUGCCGGCCUUCCGGAUUUCCUCUCGUCUCUCGGCAGCCCGGUGCCAGAGGGAUCCAACAGCACAGAGCAUGGCUUGGACGUCAUGGCAGUGCUACAGGCCCAGGGUGUUGCAGACAUCCAAGCCUACGUCCAAGCCUGCAAAGCCGGUGCAGCCAACCCUGUACUGGCGGCUCGGAAGGCGCUGGAGGUUAAGAGCGAUGCAGUUACCCCAAAGUCUUCCAUGGGGAAGCUGGUUUGGAGGCAACCCAGCAAAGGGCAGCCGGACGACGAGCCGCAGAAGACAGUGAGGAAGGAGAAAGACCGCCCAGAGUUUGCUAACGGAUGGUUCUGGGAGCUGUGGUUGCUGACGAAGAGAGCUACAGUGAACGUCAUGCGCACACCUGCACAGUACCUUCUGAGGCUGGUGCUCAUCCUUGUAACGGGGCUGCUUCUAGCGAUCCUCUUCUGGAGACCAAAGGAAACUGUACCUACCGUUACAGUUCGGCAUUACUUCUCACGGCUGUUUACUUCUCACGGCCGUUUACUUCUCGUGGCGUUACUUCUCACGGCCGUUUCCUGGUGGAGCAUCAGCCUGGCGGGCGGCACGGAGGGGUUUCUGUUCAUGGUGGUGGCGUAUUUUGUCAUGUUCUUUGUCGCCAAGGGCAUGGCGACAUGCAUCAGCGUCUGUGUCAAGGAUAUUGUCCUCGGAUAUGCACUUGCCAUCUCCAUUAUGUCCUACUGCUUCCUCGUUAGCGGCUUCUAUGUCACAAGGACACAAAUACCCAGUGUGCUCAUUUGGUUACACUACUUAUCGCCCUUCAAAUACGCUUAUGAAGCUCUCGCGAUCAACCAAUUCGCAAGGCUCGAGCCGUGGUACCUGAACGUCAAGGACAUCACGGCGUACCUUCCCAGCACCAUCCCCAGCUUGCCGGAUUCAGGGAGAUUGCCACGAAUCGUAACCGCCCAUUCCUUCAACACCACUCAGCUGCUGAUGUGGCGGUCGGUUGACCAGCUGGGGAAGUGGGAGUGCUUGGCUGUGCUGCUGGUGUUUGGGCUUGCUGUGUAUCUGCUCACGUAUGUGAUGCUGGUGAGGCUUCAGAGGUCCAAGCACAAGUGAGGGGGAUCAGGAGGCAUCGGGGUGAAAGAAUUAAGUGUGCUGCUGGCCAGGCUUCAGAGGUCCAAUCACAAGUGUGGAGGAUCAGGAGGCAAGGGGUUUGAACGAAUAAGGUAGAGAUCAGCAGAAAUAAUAGAGGGGUGUUCAUGCUCGCUGCUGGUGAGGUGUAAAAAAGUGCAGAAAAGGUGGCGGGAUUGAGGGGAUGGGGUGAGGGGAUGGGGUGCUUUGAAAAAAUUGGGAUAAAAUUGAGAUACGUACGAUAGCUUCUCGCUUUUGGGCUGCUUUGAUGGGCUUGCAAGCGUUUUGGCUUGUUGCAU